UUUGGAUGACACAGGGUUUACUGUACUUCAUUAGCAAUUAUAUUAAUUUCAUAUCAAUGACGCAAUCAUGUAACAGGACGUGUACUAAUAUAAAGGUGCAAGAAUUCAUCAACUGUUAUUAGUUUGUCGUGCAGUGAUGACUGGAUAAACAUUGAGUGAUUUCAUUCGAUAGAAAAGAAAAGUGAAAAAAAAAAUUAAAAAAAUAUGCACACAAAUAGGUAUUGCAAACUAAUUCUUUUUAUUAGAAAUAUUAAUUAAAAUCUUUAACAUAAAAAAUGAUUGAAAACGAUGCUUUGGACAGUGCUUUUACAACGAUGAGUAACAAUUUAACAACAGUCAAUCUGAGCAAAAUGACUGAAAACGAUGCUUUGGACAGUACUUUUACAACGAUGAGUAACAAUUUAACAACAGUCAAUCAGAGCAAAGUGACUGAAAACGAUGCUUUGGACAGUACUUUUACAACGAUGAGUAACAAUUUAACAACAGUCAAUCAGAGCAAAGUGACUGAAAACGAUGCUUUGGACAGUACUUUUACAACAAUGAGUAACAAUUUAACAUCAGUCAAUCAGAGUCUUGAUGUCAUCAACACCAACUGUGUAUACUACAAUAGGACUGCAUCUAUAUUUGUUAUUAUUUUAUGCUCCAUAGCCAUGUACAUUCAAAUAAACUGGCUUGUUCUUGCAUACAGAGGCAAAAGACUACAUAUGAGAGAAAAUUUGUUCCAUUUUGUGCAAGUCUUUGUUCAUAUUUGUGGUAUAAUCAAAGAACUGAUAAUAGCCAUCUUUGUCAUGUUGGAUUAUGAUAAAUGCACUCAGCCUGCAGCUUUUGCAUGGAUCAAGUAUUUACCAAUGUGUAUGUUGAGUAUGAAGUACAUUUGUUUGAUUGGUAUAGUUCGGAUAGUAAAAGUUACUAAACCAUACAAAAGAAUUCCUUGGUGGAUAAUGUGUACUAUGUCAGCCAUACAAUUCCUGUAUAUUGCAAUAUUAGCUGUUAUUCCACAAAAUGAUAAUUUAGUUUGGGUGGUCAAUACAGCCGACAUAAGCUGUUUUAUUUUAACAGUGAUCGUACACUCUAAGGCAGUAUGGAGCUUAAGGAAGAAGCUGAGAAAAGUACAUUUUCAGCCACAUGUCAGUAGCAGUGAAGCAAAGGCAUGCAGUCAAACCAAGUCACCAGUUGGUAUAUUCCAGAUUCAUCCAGGUGGAACUGUCAAUGACAGUCAGAGCCAGUCAAAUGCACCCGAUAAUGUGUCCCAGAUUCACAUAGAUAUAAAGGAUGAAGGAGGAAACAAUACGUCACCAGUUGAUAUAUUUCAGAUUCAUCCAGUUGAUAAUGGCAAUGGCAGUCAAUGCCAGUCAAACACACCCAAUGAUGUGUCCCAGAUUCAUAUAGAAAUUGAUUUGAAUGAAGAGAAAAACAAUAAGUCAAGUAAUCCUGAACUUUCCAAUAAUAAAGGUGGAAUGAUGUACAAUGAGAUAUACAACAUUGGCAAUUUUGAAAAAAUAAACAAUGAACAAGGGAUAAAUGCACCAAAACUUUACAAUCAUGGUGAUAAGAUGGAUGAAUGUCAAAGGAAAAAUUCACCAAGUAUAAUUUCAAUGAUUCGGAAAUGGAAAACAUCCAAAUCUAAGGUUUCCCCAGCUUCCUCAAAGGUAUUUCGUAAAACAACUUCUGGCAGAAAGUGUAAUGAAGAUCAAUCGCAAUUCAGUAUCAACCACCCUUCACGUCGAGGAGAACUUUUUUCAGAAUACAAGAUGAUCUUCAGUGAAGUUGUCAUGUUGAUUUUUGGAACAGCAUUUCACACAGUUUUACACAUAACAUUACGAAUGACUGAUAUCCAGUUGUUCAAACUGGUAUAUACGAUAUAUGUGUUAUGUUUCUAUAGUGCCAUACAAUUGAUGACCCUUUUCACCAGUCAGGUUAUACGUCAACUCUUUAUGAAAUGCUAUCUCAGGAAGAAAUGA